AUGCCGCUCCCGACAAGCCUUGACCCGAACGACGGCGACAAUAUAAUCUGCUUUGUUGCCGAGAUUACUGCCCGGCGGUUCCUUAACCGUAUCCACAACUCACUGUACGCGACGGAAGGCACCGACUUCGGCCAGGGCGUUGGCAAGAUGCUCCCCAUCAGUGCAGAGUUGAAUCGUCAACUCGAGGCCUGGUACCAUGCGAUGCCUGACAAUAUCCGUCCGCCUCUAACUAGCAAGAGACGAAGUAGUGCAGGUGACGCCGCCUUGGAUAUGGGCCCCAUUGAUAUUAGCGAGAAUGACCCACAAUGGCGCGAUACCCGGCAACAACAUACGACUCGGACGCUCAGCGAAUGUGUCGAGAUUCUCCGUAUACACUACUACGCCGCCCGGCAUAUCAUCCAUCGUCCGUUCGUCCUGGAUGUCGCGUGGCAGUACCAGCAGCAGAUCCUAGCUCGCGACGGCACCGAAUUUGCUCGCAACAAUGACGAGAAGAGCAAGACGACAGAGGCAACGGUUGGGCUGCAACGAUCCAAGUCGGUGGCUGCGCUGGCGUCAUCGUCUGUCCCGCCACUGCCUUUGUCAGCAGACGUUCUGGGGAAUGCCCAGGGGCUCAAUAUCGGCUUCUUCCGUGACGAGGUGGCUGCUCGGUUGAGGCAGUGGGCGACACCUGGGUCAAGCUUCGAGGCAGAGUUGAAGAUCAUCGAGUCUUUCCCCAUCAGGUCAACAUGA